AUGCACCCCCACCCCACCGGAAUGGGAGUUUAUUUAUCACCAAAGGCUUUUAGUUGUAUUCUAUAUCUAUCUCAGUCUGCUUCUAUCUAUCUCUGUUUAUAUCUAUCUAUCCAUCACUGUUUCUAUCUUUCUAUCUAUCCAUCUCUGUUUAUAUCUAUCUCUCUCUAUCUAUCUCUCCCAGUCUGUUUAUAUGUCUCUCUCUCUAAAUCUGUUUAUAUUUGUCUAUCUAUAUCUAUAUCAGUCUGCUUCUAUCUAUCUAUCUAUUUAUCUAUCUCUGUUUAUUUCUUUCUCUCCCAAAUCUGCCUCAGUCUGUUUAUAUCUAUCCAUCCAUCUCUGUUUCUAUCUGUCUUUCUGUCUAUCCAUCUCUGUUUUUUUAUAUCUUUCUAUUUAUCUCUGUUUAUAUCUAUCUAUCUAUCUGCUUAUAUCUAUCUAUCCAUCAUUGUUUCUAUCUUUCUGUUUAUUACAUCUCUGUUUUAUCUGUUCAUCUAUCCAUAUCUUUUUAUAUCUAUCUAUUUAUCUCUGUUUAUAUAUAUCUAUCUAUCUAAAUCUAUCUCAGUUUCUAUCUUUUAUCUAUCAUUUCUAUCUUUCCAUCCAUCUCUGUUUAUAUCUAUCUAUCUAUCUCUGUUUAUAUAUAUUUCUCUCUCUCCCAAAUCUAUCUCAGUCUGCUUGUAUCUAUCUAUCCAUCUCUGUUUAUAUCUAUCUAUCUAUCCCAGUCUGUUUAUAUGUCUCUCUCUAAAUCUGUUUAUAUUCGUCUAUCUAUAUCAGUCUGCUUCUAUCUAUCGAUUUUGGUCUGAUUAUACCUAUCUCUGUUUAUAUCUAUCUAUCUCAAAUCUAUCUCAGUCUGAUUAUAUCUAUCUCUGUUUUUUAUCUAUUUCUAUCUAUCUAUCUAUCUAUCUCUGUUCUCUCUCUCCAAAAUCUAUCUCAGCCUGCUUAUAUCUAUCCAUCCAUCUCUGUUUAUAUCUAUCUACAUAUCUCUAUAUUUAUCUAUCUUUCUCUCUAUCUAUCCAUCUAUCUAUAUAUCCAUCCAUCUCUGUAUAUAUCUAUCUAUAUAUCCCAGUCUGUUUAUAUGUCUCUCUCUCAAUCUAUUUAUAUUUGCCUAUCUAA